AUGGAAGAAAGACUUAGUAUCAGUGAAAUUACACCACUAACUACAGAAUGGACUUGUAAAGUCAAGACUGUAGAUAAAUUUCGGCCGCGAGACAGUAGAGAUCAGCGAGUUCAUUUUCAGACAAUAAUUGUCCAGGAUGAGGAACAAAUUUGUGUAAUACUCUAUGGUGACGACAUUAAACGAUGUGAUAACUUGUUCGAACUUUUUAAGACAUAUCUGAUUUCAACUGCGAAGGUUAGAAAUCCGCAGCCUUAUUCACUACAUAUUGGCCAGUUUGAGUGGAUCGUUGACAGAUUCACUAUUGUUGAGUCUAUCCCAAAAACUAACGAAAAGGAGGCACCGUUACCUCCUCCGUCGAGACUGAGUGCGAUUUCGUUCGCCGACGUUGAACAACAGCCUUCUGGUGUUGAAUUUGAUCUACUAGCUGUAGUGGCAAACUGUGGUGCAAUGCAAUACACCGCUGAUCAGACUAAGAGAUUUCAAGAGGCCAUAGUUAUGGACAAUACGAAGAAACCUCUUUUCUUCACUAUAUGGGAAGAUUUGGCAAGCAAUGAAGGAAUUGAGUUACUGAGACAAGUGAGGCAACUUCAAGAAUAUCCUGUUAUUCUCGCGAAACGGAUAGUUUCCCGUUUGGCAACAAGAUACAACUCAACAAUCUUAAUCAAUCCCCUAUAUGUGCAAGCAACUGAAUUACGGAAUUGGGUAGAUGAGAACAAAGAAAUGUUAAUCGAAUACACAGUUAAGAGUUCAGCGGAGUCAGCUUCAUCGCUUAAUCUUGUAGCUGUUGACGAUGAAAUAUUAUCUGUUUCAUCUAUUGCUACUCAAACCUCCAGUGUGAGUUCAGUAAAUUACAAUAUGGAUAACUGUUAA